AUGUACGGGCCAUACACGAUACAAUUAAUCGUACGAAAUACCUUCUACAGAAUAAUAAUAAUAAGAAAUAAGAUUUUGUUAUUCGGACAAUGCAAACCAUCAAUCAAAUUUCCUAGGAACCAUGUUAAUAGAUGUUUUUCUCCUGGUUAUUACUAUAUAACAACUAAAACAGGUAUCAAAAUUCCACGGCAAUGGUUAUGUUAUUCUUUAAUAUUAGAUAAAGCAUAUUGUGAGUUUUGUUGGCUUUUUGCUAACCGGCAAUAUGAGCAUUUUAAAUAUGAAUGGAUUUCUGGCGUUGACGACUGGCAACAUUUAUCACAACAAAUUUCUAAACAUGAAAAUUCUAUUCAACAUAUAAAUGCAACAGAAAUUAGAAGAUAUUGGGAAAAAAAUAAAACAUUAGAUACAGAUUUAGAGAAACAAAUAUCUGAAGAAGCAGAGUAUUGGAGGAAUGUUCUUCGUCGAGUUAUUCAUGUAAUUUUAACUCUUACAUCUGGUAAUACUGCCCUCCGAGGAAACGAAGGGAAGAAAGGUAAUCUUCAAGAAAUUGAAGGUAACUUUAUGCGUACUAUUAGAUUACUUGCAAAAUUUGAUCCUUUUGUUCAUAAUUUAUUAAAUGAUUCAAAAAAACAUGUAAAAUACUUAAGUUGGAAAAUUCAAGACGAGCUUAUAGAAAUUUUAGCAUCAGAUGUACGUAAUAGUAUAUGUGAUGAGGUUAAAAAGUGUUCUUGGUUUUCAAUUAUACUUGAUUCUACCCAAGAUAUAACUAAAAUUGAUCAAGUGAGCGUGAUUAUUAGGUAUGUCUUUGUUGAAUAUGAAAAUCACACAUUAGAUAUAAGGGAAUCUUUUUUAGGAUUUUUUGCAUUACAAAAUCAUGGUUCAUCUGAUUAUGCUGAACUGUUGCUAAAAAUACUGACUAAGUUUGGUUUAGAUAUAAAAAAAUGUCGUGGUCAGGGUUAUGACAGCGCUUCUGUAAUAAGUGGUGCCCAUUUUGGAGUACAAAAACGAAUUAUUAAUAUUGUGCCUACAGCUCUUUACGUCCAUUGUUGUGCACAUAAUUUAAACCUAGUAAUUUCUGAUGCUGCUAAAACUUCACAAAAGAUUGUUUCAUUUUUUAGUAUAGUGCAAGAUGUUUUUAAUUUCUUUGGGUCUAGUGCACCAAGGUGGGCAUUAUUAGCUCUUGGUGAUGAACAAGCAUGUAAAGUUUCUAAGAAAACAUUAAAAAAAGUAUGCCCAACAAGAUGGGAAGCAAGGCAUGAUGCAGUAUUCAGUUUACAAGAGAGGUUCAUAGAUGUUGUUAAGUGCUUAACUAAAAUAUCAUUAACUACCAAGAAAACAGAUGAAAGAAACUCAAGUUUAACUUUAAAAAAAAAAAUCUUAAAUGUUGUAUCAAAAUUAUUACAAGGAGUUAAUUAUUCCAUUGAGAAGGCUUCUACACUUAUGAAUCAAUCAAUUACUCAAAUCAAUGAAUUAAGGAACAAUUAUGAUGGGAUAUUAAGUAAAUCAAAAGAAUUAUGUGCUAAAUGGAACAUAACAGUGCCAUUCCAUUUAGUACGUAAACAAUUUGCAAAUAAAAGGUUUGAUGAUUUUGAUGAAGAUGUUUCAUGUGAUCUUACAAGACAAUUAUUAUGUCUUAAGUUACAUAUUACAAAAAUUGAUAAAACUAUUGUAUCGGAACUUAAGACCAUACAGAAUUUGGCUUUUUAUAUAAUUGAUAUGGAUUUAUCAACAAGUUUUCCUGAUGUUUUAGCUGCAUGUCUUAUAUUUUUAACCAUUCCUGUUACGGUAGCAUCUGCAGAAAGGAGUCAAGAACGGCUAUGUGGAAUUUCUAUACUAAACAUAGAAAGAAGAAGAACUUCAGAUAUAGAUAUAGAGAAAAUAAUUGACAACUUCGCAUAUGCAACAGCGAGAAAAAAACAAUUCUUUUAA